CACCUUAUCAUACAAUCUUUAAAGUGUCAACUUAUAUUUUUAGAACACACCUUAUAUUUCAAGUUUCUAACCUGUAAGAAAAAUGUCAAUGUUACUACGACUCGUACGUUCUCAUGGAAUUAAAAGAGGAUUAACGUUCCUAACAUCAAAAGAAGUUAAAAUAUAUAAUAAAGCAUUUUACAGUAAUGUACCACAAAAAAAAACUGACAUAGAAGAUACAUAUGAAGUAAAAAGUACAUGGGUUAGUUUUGGAUUUGAUGACAAGGAUAAGAAAGUUGAUCGUCAAGCCAUGCAUUUAACAUUAUUUGUUUCUAUCUCUAUUUGUUUGGUAUGUGGAUCAUUUGUUCUGGGAUAUAUGCCAGAUCCACGUCUAAAAGACUGGUCUCAGCGAGAAGCUUUUCUCCAAAUUCGUUACAAAGAAGAACAUGGUUUGCCAUUAAUUGAUCCAAAUAUAGUAGAUCCAUCAAAGUUUACUCUUCCGAGUGAAGAGGAAUUAGCUGGUAUAGAAAUAAUUAUUUAA